UUUGGAGAGGGCUGAAGCAUACAGGAUAGAGCUGUGGCACAAGUGUCUAACGUUAUUUCUAGAAGUGUUUUUGGUUUAUUUUUCAGAUAGUUGCCACAGUGGUAAAAAUUUUAGUGGCGAUGACGGAUCCACGAGUACGGCAAAUUAAAAUUAAAACCGGCGUUGUCAAACGGCUGGCAAAAGAGGAGAUCCUGUAUAUAAAGGAAGCAAAACAACAGGAGGAAAAGAUAGAGCGCCUGAGAGCUGAAGCCGGAGACGAGUAUGUCAUUAAGAAACAGAUGGAGGUGCUGCAGGAGUCGAAGAUGAUGAUCCCGGACUGUCACCGGCGCCUGGCUCUGGCUCAUGCUGACCUCUCGCAGUUAUUAGAUACAGAGGAGGACCUGGCAGAAUUAGAAGAGUACAAGGAAGCAAGAAAUAUGUUGGAUUCUGUGAAGCUUGAAGGAUGAUUUUUUUUUUCUUUUGCUCUUCCAAAAUCGUACAGCCCUAAUGUCCAUUCCAUAAACAGGCCUUGAUCUGAAACACGAGGAUUCAAUGCAAACCAGUUUUUGUAUAUUUAUUUGUAUGUUUAGAC